GCCAUUUUGAAUCUUGCCUAAAGGCUUUUUUACCGGCUUUUCCCGCCUCUCUAGCCGCCGCCAGCCAUAGCCUUGCCGGGCAAGAUGAAUGUUAUAGACCAUGUGCGGGACAUGGCAGCCGCGGGGCUGCACUCCAACGUGCGGCUUCUCAGCAGCUUGUUACUUACAAUGAGUAAUAAUAACCCAAGCUGCUCAAGGUCAGAAAGGAAAGGCCUGUGAAUGCCCGAAUGCAGCUACGACUCCCCGAUUCAUUUCCAUCACUGUGCUCUGGACCUCGUAGUGAGAUGCAUCAUUUUACCAUCAUCCACUUGGUGUUGACAUGAGUUAUUCUCCCCAGCUCAGAAGUACCAGCUUCUGGUGUAUCAUGCGGACUCUCUCUUUCAUGAUAAGGAAUAUCGGAAUGCUGUGAGUAAGUAUACCAUGGCUUUACAGCAGAAGAAAGCCUUAAGUAAAACUUCAAAAGUGAGACCUUCAACUGGAAAUUCUGCAUCGACUCCACAGAGUCAGUGUCUUCCAUCUGAAAUAGAAGUGAAAUAUAAGAUGGCUGAAUGUUAUACAAUGUUAAAGCAAGAUAAAGACGCCAUUGCUAUACUUGAUGGGAUCCCCUCAAGGCAGAGAACUCCCAAAAUAAACAUGAUGCUGGCAAAUCUGUAUAAGAAGGCUGGGCAGGAGCGCCCGUCAGUCACCAGCUACAAGGAGGUAUUGAGGCAGUGCCCACUAGCCCUGGAUGCCAUUCUAGGUUUGCUGUCCCUUUCUGUAAAAGGUGCAGAGGUGGCGUCUAUGACAAUGAAUGUGAUCCAGACUGUGCCUAACUUGGACUGGCUCUCUGUGUGGAUCAAAGCAUAUGCUUUUGUGCACACUGGUGACAACUCAAGAGCAAUCAACACCAUCUGUUCACUAGAAAAAAAGUCCUUAUUGCGAGAUAACGUGGACUUGCUGGGAAGCUUAGCAGAUCUGUACUUCAGAGCUGGAGACAGUAAGAACUCUGUCCUCAAGUUUGAGCAGGCUCAGAUGCUGGACCCCUACCUAAUAAAAGGAAUGGAUGUGUACGGUUACCUGCUGGCACGCGAAGGGCGGCUGGAGGAUGUGGAGAACCUUGGCUGCCGCCUUUUCAAUAUUUCUGAUCAGCAUGCAGAGCCCUGGGUGGUCUCCGGGUGUCAUAGCUUCUACAGUAAACGCUACUCCCGGGCCCUGUACCUAGGAGCCAAGGCCAUUCAGCUGAAUAGUAACAGUGUUCAAGCCUUGCUACUUAAAGGAGCAGCACUUAGGAAUAUGGGCAGAGUCCAAGAAGCAAUAAUCCAUUUCCGGGAGGCCAUAAGGCUUGCACCUUGUCGCUUAGAUUGUUACGAAGGCCUCAUCGAGUGUUACUUAGCCUCUAACAGUAUCCGAGAAGCAAUGGUCAUGGCAAACAACGUUUAUAAAACCCUAGGUGCCAACGCCCAGACUCUCACCCUUCUAGCAACCGUUUGUCUGGAAGACCCGGUCACACAGGAGAAAGCCAAAACUCUGUUAGAUAAAGCCCUGGCCCAGAGGCCGGAUUACAUUAAGGCUGUGGUGAAAAAAGCAGAACUGCUUAGCAGAGAACAGAAAUACGAAGAUGGCAUUGCUUUGCUGAGGAACGCAUUGGCUAACCAGAGUGACUGUGUCCUGCACCGCAUCCUGGGAGAUUUCCUUGUGGCUGUCAAUGAGUAUCAGGAGGCGAUGGACCAGUACAGCAUAGCACUGAGUUUGGACCCCAAUGACCAGAAGUCUCUCGAGGGGAUGCAGAAGAUGGAGAAGGAGGAGAGUCCCACGGAUGCCACCCAGGAGGAGGAUGUGGACGACAUGGAAGGGAGUGGGGAAGAAGGGGACCUGGAAGGAAGUGACAGUGAGGCGGCCCAGUGGGCCGACCAGGAGCAGUGGUUUGGCAUGCAGUGAGGGCGCUUCUGGGACCCAGGCGCCCGAGGACAGUGACACACUCCAUAUGUGCUUGUAGCAGGUGCCCUGCCACCCAGCGAGCCGGCCCGAUUUUGCCUCCCAGUGAGGACUGAGAGACUCAGUGGCAGACUUGCCAGGGCCGGCAGGCCGAGGAACUUUGAUGUGCUAAGGGCCACAUCCAACAGCUCGAGGACUGGAGUGUGGUUGUCUGUGGUUUAGAUGGGUUUGAAGGAACGGCCCACCCUCCAGGAGCAAGAGGUCACCUCUCGGGGACGCAGGCUUUGCUGCUCCCGAAAGUCGUCUUUUUGGGCUGUUCCCUUGUGAUUGGCCUCCUCCUGUACUGGUACCAAUGCCUUAAGCCAACGGAGCUUCCCCUUCGCCACGCUGGCACCUAGCCUGCAUUUGGGCCAGCCGAGACACAGGUGUGACGAGUGCAACCCAGGUGCACGGGGCGGUUAACUAAUAAACUUGGUUUGUGUAGUCACGA